AUGAUAAAAAUUUUCUUAAAAAAAAUACAUCAUUAUAAAAACAAAUUGUAUACAUAUAAUAAAUUAAAAAAUAUGGAGAAUAAAAAUUUAAAAGAAAAUUUAAAAAUCAUGAAAGAUGCAUACGAUCCGAAGGAAGUAGAAUCAAAAUGGUAUGAUUUUUGGGAGAAAAAUGAUUAUUUUAAACCUAAAAAGGAAUUAAUAAGUAAUAAAAAUAGCCAAAAAUUUGUUAUAAUAUUGCCACCACCUAAUAUUACUGGUACUUUACAUAUUGGUCAUACCUUAACAGUUGCUAUUCAAGAUUCUUUAGUUAGAUAUAAAAGAAUGAAAAAUUAUUUAACUCUUUAUAUACCUGGAACGGAUCAUGCAGGAAUAGCAACUCAAACAAUUGUUGAAAAAAUGCUCUAUAAAAAAGAAAAAAAAAUAAGACACGAUUACGGAAGAGAAGAAUUUGUUAAAAAAAUUCAUGAAUGGAAAAACUUACAUGGAAAUAAAAUUAAUAAUCAGAUAAGAAGAAUUGGUGCUUCUGUUGAUUGGUCAAGAGAAUAUUUUACAAUGAAUGAUAAGUUAUCUAUUGCUGUAAAAGAAGCAUUUAUUAAAUUUUAUGAAAGUGGAUUAAUAUAUAGAGAUAAUAGGCUAGUUGCAUGGUGCCCUCAUUUAAAAACAGCUUUGUCAGAUAUUGAAGUUAAUCUUGAAGAAAUUAAAAAACCAACAAAAAUUAAAAUUCCUUCCUUUGAUCACUUAGUGGAGGUUGGUGUUUUAUAUAAAUUUUUUUAUGAAAUAAAAGAUAGUGAAGAAAAAAUAGAAAUUGCAACUACUCGUAUUGAAACUAUGUUAGGAGAUGUAGCAGUAGCAGUUCAUCCUAAUGACAAGAGAUAUUCUCAUUUAGUAGGAAAAGAAUUAAUUCACCCUUUUAUUCCAGAUAGAAAAAUGAUUAUUAUAGCUGAUAAUGCUGUUGAUAUGGACUAUGGUACAGGUGCAGUCAAAAUUACACCGGCACAUGAUAAAAAUGAUUAUGAAAUGAUGAAAAGGCAUAAUUUGAAACAUAUUAAUAUUUUUACCUUAGAUGGACAUAUAAAUGAAAAUGGUGGAAAACUAUUUGAAGGUUUGCAUCGAUUUGAAUGUAGAUUUAAAAUUCAAGAAGAAUUAAAAAAAUUAAAUUUGUUAUCUGAUAAAGUUCCAAAUAGCAUGUUUUUACCUUUAUGUUCCAGAACCAAUGAUAUUAUAGAAUAUAUGCUAAUUCCUCAGUGGUAUUUAAACUGUUCUGAUAUAGCUAGACAAGCUAUUAAUUAUGUGAAAAAUGAUGAUCUAAAAAUUAUACCAAGUCAUCACAUAAAUACGUGGUUUUAUUGGUUGGAAAAUGUAAAGGAUUGGUGUAUAUCAAGACAAUUAUGGUGGGGUCAUAGAAUUCCUGCCUACAAAAUUAUAUUAAAGGAUGAUGAAUAUAAAAAUAACAGCGAUAAAUGUAAUAAUAUAGAAGAUAUAAAAGAGCAAUGGGUAGUUGGUAGAUCUUAUGAAGAAAGUAUGGAAAAAGCAAAAAAAUUAAUAGGAGAAGACAAAAAUUUUGAAUUAAUACAAGAUGAAGAUGUUUUAGAUACAUGGUUUUCAUCUUCUUUACUUCCAUUUAGUUCAUUAGGAUGGCCAGAAAAUACAGAAGACUUAAAUGAUUAUUUUCCUAACACUAUUUUGGAAACUGGGCAAGAUAUAUUAUUUUUUUGGGUAGCUAGAAUGGUAAUGGUUUCUUUACAUUUAACAAAAAAAUUACCUUUUAAUACUAUAUAUUUACAUGCUAUGAUUAGAGAUUCUAAAGGAGAAAAAAUGAGUAAAAGUAAAGGAAAUGUUGUAGAUCCUUUAGAUAUUAUUGAGGGAAUUAGCUUAGAAAAACUACAUGAAAAAUUAUAUGAAGGAAAUUUACCAGAAAAAGAAAUUAAAAGAGCUAUAGAAUUGCAAAAAAAAGAAUUUCCUAAAGGUAUAUCUGAAUGUGGUACAGAUGCCUUAAGAUUCGGUCUAAUAACUUACUUAAAGCAAGGGAGAAAUGUAAAUUUAGAUAUUAAUAGAAUUAUUGGAUAUAGACAUUUUUGCAAUAAGUUAUGGAAUGCUGUAAAAUUUUUUUUAAAAACAUUACCUGAUAAUUAUGACAAUUACAAUAUUUUACUUUACAAACCUGAAUAUGUCAAAUCUCUUAAUUGGGAAGAUAAAUGGAUAUUACAUAGAUUAAACAUCUAUAUAAAAAGUGCAAAUGAGAAUUUUAAUACCUACAAUUUUUCAGAAGUUGCAUUUGCUUCUUACAAUUUUUGGCUUUAUGAUUUAUGUGACAUUUAUCUAGAACUAAUAAAACCCCGUCUAAAUACAGAUUCUCAAGAAAUUUCAAAAAAAGAAUUAAUAAUUGAAAAUUCAAUAAAUAAUGAAAAAAGAGAAGAUCAUACAAAUAGUGAUAAUGACUACUUCGAUAAUUGUAUAAAAUCAAGUGAAAAUUUAGAUGGUUAUAAAGCAAAUAAAACUUUACAUGCCUGUCUUGAUUAUGCUUUAAGACUUUUACAUCCUAUUUCUCCUUUUAUAACAGAAGAAUUAUAUCAAAAAAUUGCAGCUGAUCCUUAUAAAUUUAGUUCUAUUUCAAUAGCAAAUUAUCCAGAUUAUGUAGAAUUAUGGAAUAAUGAAGAAAUAAAUACUGAAAUGAAUACUUUUAUGAAUAUUGUAAAACAAUUUAGAUCUUUUAUAUCAAAUCUUGAAAUUCCACCUAAAACCAAAUUAAAUUGUUUCAUUGCUGCAAAAAAUAAAGAAGAUGAAAAAUUUAUUGAAAAAGUCAAAAAUAAAAUUGAAGUGUUAGCAAAAUUAUCUUCCUUAGAUAUUAUUAAUUAUAAUGUUGAAGAAUUAUCAGAUGAAUUAAAAAUUAAAAUUAAAAAAUGCUUAAAAGAUAUUGUUUCACAUAAAUUUAUUAUAUAUGUUCAAUCAACUGAAGAGUAUCUUAAUCCAUUAUUAAAUAAUAUGAUAAACAAAAAAAAAAAAUUACAGUUAUCUCUAGAUUCAUAUUUAAAAAAAGUAAAUGAUCCAAAUUAUGAAAAAAAAGUACCUGAACAAGUUAGAAGUAUGUAUUCCGAAAAAAUUGAUCAAUUAAACUCUCAGAUAUUAUUUAUAUCAAACAUAAUUAAUGAAAUAAAUGAAUGUUUAAGAAACUAA